UCAAUGCCAUAAAAUGUCAGUUCGAUCGUAAAGAGGCAUAGAUGAAACUAUAAACGAGUAGUGUGAAUUUCUAGGAAUAAGCCAUACCUGAUCAUGUAAGCGAACGAAAAUUAACAUAACAGCGAGAACGAAAAGUAGAAAGAACAGUUGCAGUUUAUUGCUUUAUAGUUUUGUGACAUUUUUUUAGGAUUUCAUUUUCAUUUAAAGAUAUGAAUUCUGGAUAUAAAUUGACUAUCAAAAGACUAUGUUUUCUUCUUUCGAGUUUCGUAAUACUGACAAUUCAAACCACGGAAGCACUGGAAUCUCUGCAAAAUAAACAGAAGUCACAAGCAGCCUUAGACGAAAGCAGAGACAAGCGAAAUGCCGAAAUAGAUUUAUCACCAGAAGAUAGUGUUCGCACAAAACGAUAUAUUCCUUACGAAGAACUUCAAAAACGACUCAGACAUUUCAUAGGGAAAAGGGUAGAUGAUUUCCGAACAGCAAGUGAUAUUUUACCUACAGCAGAAAAAAGAAUGAGAUAUUUUGUUGGUAAAAGAGCAGAUGGAGAUCAAACGAAUGUAUUGGAUGACAACGACGAAGUUGAAAAAAGGAUGAGAUAUUUUGUUGGCAAAAGGUCACGUCUCCGUUAUUUUGUUGGAAAGAGAGAUGGCGACGAAGCUGUUCCCUCACAAGAUGAAAAUUUGGAGAAAAGAAUGCGUUAUUUCGUAGGGAAAAGGAGGUACUUUUUAGGAAAACGACGAUAUUUUCUUGGCAAAAGAGAUGGAAUAGAGGAAAAUGAUCCAGAGGAUGAAGUUGAAAAACGGUCUCGACUUCGAUAUUUUGUAGGAAAACGACCAUCAGAUGACUUUAUAAAUGGUAAUGCAUUCCACAAACGAAUGAGAUAUUUUGUUGGAAAACGGGAUCAAGAUAAAGAACAAAACAAUGAUCUGGAAAAACGAAUGCGAUACUUUGUUGGGAAAAGAGACAAUUCUGCAGACAGUGAGCAAUACGAUAAAAGACACAUGCGAUACUUUGUUGGAUGAAAUCUUUUGGACAUAUGAGGAAUAUUUCCUUUCAAAUAAGACUGUAAGUGAAAGAUUUCCUUUCAAAUGAAGCAAAUAAUUUUAACAAUGCUGAAUAUAUUUUAUUUUUGUUUUUUCAUUUUAUGUUACAUUUAUUUUCAUACACCUUUUUAAAAGGUCAGAAUCAAAGGUUGCGUCAAAGAAAAAAAAUGGAAUUAUCACGUUCUAUAUUUCAAACUGUGAAGUUUAUAGAUUGUGUGAAACAAUAUCUGUCACUAUUUUUAAAAGUGUCCUAUCAGAAUUUAACCAAACAUUGGUAUGUGAUAGAAAACUGAAUUAUUAAAGAGCUUGAUAGAACAGUAAAAUAUUGUCUUUCCUGUUGAUAUAUAAUUGCUGUUUAGUUGAUUUCUGAUGUACUGCAAGGAUCGAAAAAUAUUGUCUAUGUAAAACGAUUUUUUUAUUCCUCUGAAUAAGGUCAUGAUUUCAUUUUCUCAACAUAUUAGCCAUUUACAGACAGUUCUUCAAUAAUUGAUUAUUUCCUAUGUAAAAGCUCAAUUGUAUUAUUUUGCAAAAGCGAAUAAAGAAUAAAGGUAUACUUUUUUUUCAGUCUCGUUUUUUACUAAUGACACAGAUUUGAGUAAGACAAUAUUGUGAAGGUAUCUUUAUAAAAGAUUUUUAAAAUCAAUCGAAGCCAUGAGUUUUAAAUUUCAAUUUUAACUUUGGGAAUUCUUGUUACAAAGAGAACAGGCGAAGUAAACAUGACCAUGCAUGUACCUACAAUGCGGAUACACCUAUAUUAAGAUAAGCAUUUCGAAUACAAAUUUUGUUCUUAUGAAAAUCAUUUUUUUAAAUUUAGACUUUAAUUUCAAAAUUUGACUUUAACAUCGACUGAGCAAUAUUUUUGGGAAAAUGAAAAUGAAAACUAAAAAUAUUAAUGAACAUUUAAAAGAAUGUAUCAGUGCUAGUUCUAAACAAUGAGUGUGUGUCACGUUGUCUGUAUACGGAAAUGUCGCAUAAUCAAGUAAAACAUGAAAGGUGUUAGGAACGAAGACAAAGCACUAAACACCCAAUAUGCUGGGGUUUUUUGCAGACAAGCAAAAUAAAAUGCCAUUUGCUUUUUACAUUCUGUAGCUCCUCAAAUUUUUACAUAUAUAUAUAUAUAUCAGUUAAGUGUCAAAUUAUUUUGAUUUAUAGCGUUCAUGAUGAAGGUUUAUCCAGAAGAAAAAGAACUCUUUGGACGAUCAAAAUUGAUAAAUUAUUAUUGAUGAAUAUUUGGAGUUUCCCCUAUCCUUUUUAAUACUUAAAGAUCAAUUGGAACACUAUAAAAAAACGUUUGAAUCAAAGCAUGAUCACUGAUAAUGGUUUCGGACACCAGACAUCCAUAUGUAGUCGGAAUUCAUCCUUUUAAUAUUUGUUUUCAACAUUUUUUUGUGAAAACACUAACUUGAUAACAUUUUUUUAAACUAUUGGCUAUAACAUGUAGAAACUCGUUUUUUUAUAAAUGGACUAUGUUUUGCGUAUAGUUGACGUUCUUGACAAAUGACAUAUUUUUGUUAUGUUCUAUUUCUUUAUUUUGGUUCUGUAAUACUAGUCUUCUAUUCAAUUUUUUUACUCAGGGCGAUGAAGAGCUUGACAUCUGUAGAUUGUUGGAGGUCAUAAUUAUGUUGACCACUAUAUGGCAGUAGUUAUGUUUUUGUGUUGAUAAGUUGCUUUCUCAUUGACGUAUACUAUCAUCGACUUUUCGUCAUAUUUAUAUAGCCUUUUGUGAUUAUUUAUUUUUAACAUGCAUUAUGUAUCAAUAAAAAGUUAAUAUUUUU